CUCAGCCCUUGGGUUUCUAUGCCGGGCUGGCAUCUCUUCACUUGCUGGCACGACCCUAUGCAUUGCCUCUUCCUGGGAACAUGCAAGCACCUCUUAUCAUCAACCAUGGGGUUUUGGAGUCGCUCAGGGUACUUGGUGGGUGAUGAUCUGGAGCAACAGUUACGCGGGCUGUCUGCCGAACAGAAAAAAGCUUGUGUUGGGGCUGGAUUGCGGGUGCACUUACGGACCUUCACCCCGGCGGGCACAGGGCUGGACACUCCUUCGGAAUACCCAGAGCUGGGAAGCAGGUACAAAGCAGCUUCUGUGAAGGCAAGCGUUUGGUUCUUCACAAAGAAAGCUUCAAAAUUGGCUCGCAAACAUGAUGAAGAUUGGCAGCUCAAGCUGAUUUCCGUUUGCUUUUGGUGCUUACAAGAAGGCCUUCGCCUUUUGGAUGCUUCUGAUAUCAUCUUAUGCCCACAUGAUGCGGAGGAAAUUCACCGGCUUUUCGUGACGCACUUGCAGUGCUGGCAACACAUAGCCAGUUUGUGUGAGAGGCGCAAGUGGCGCCUUUUCAAAAUCGUUCCGAAACAUCAUUAUUUUCAAGAAAUGGCGCAAGAUUUGAAGCGGAACCUGGUUAAUCCAAACCGGGCUCACGCUUGCUGGUACGAUGAAUCGUUUUUGGGCUACAUCAAAAAGAUAGCCACGGCUUGUCACAGCUCUUCCAUGAUCCAGUCAAGGUUUUGGCAACGGUACCUGUUGCUACUUGCCAUGCGAUUCGAGGAUGCUCGGAGGUGCUCGCGGUGA